AGCUACCUACUCUGAUUACAAUUUUUGCAAAUAACUUAUAAGAAUGGCUGCAAUUACCCAGGAUAUACUAAACGCCCUGGCCAUACUAGCCGAUGAAGACAAUAUUCAGGUGACCGUCAAGGAGUCGGCCAAAGGAGCAGCCGUUUGUGCUGCCGGUGCCCUAGUCGGGGGGAUGCUAAUGGGUUCCCCGGGCAUUGCUGUGGGUGGGACCGUAGGUGGACUUGCAGGCUACGGACUUACAAAAGGAAAAUUUAAGUCAUUGGGUGAGGUCAAAAAUGAUUUAUCGAAAAGUCAGCGAGAAGAACUUAAGAAUCAUGUAACCAGUGCUAUAUGGAUCAGCAAUGUCGGUCCUUCUGCGACCGCAGGCCUUAUAUUGAAGGACCGAAAAGUGCAAGAGGUUGCACUUAAUGCACUUAAGUCCUUUUUCACUGAUCGUAUGGGACAGACCAUUAUUGAUUAACCAGCAAUUCAUGUGAUAACUGUCUUUGGAAAGUCUUAACUUGUCAAAAACAAAAUGGUCAGUUUGCUUACUAUCGAUA